AUGAUGACUGCCAAGCGGAAACUACACAACGCAGACGGAUAUGAAGACGGGCGCGUGGCCAAACGAAACAGUCUAAGCUACGAUACUCAUACGCCUUGGUUGCCAGAUGCCAGGCCGCCGCGCGAAUGGCGAACACUCGGGACUCGCGCAGUCCAGCCGUCUCUUCCGCUGGAGAACAUGGUUUCCGCCGUCCGCGACCUCAUCGACCCCGACUUCGACCCGCUUAUUGCCAUCCUCGACGACGAACCGCGUUUCCUCAAGCCGCUCCCUACUCGAAUAGCCCCGGAAGAUUUGGAAUUUCUGCGAUUUAGAGGGGCCCUAUCGACCCCGGAGAGUGGACUGCGCAAUGAACUACUGCGGUGCUAUAUCAAAUGGGUCCAUAGCUUCAUGCCGGUGCUGAACCUGCAGGAGUUUUUGCGGUGCAUUGCGCAGAAUGAUCCUAAUGGAAACAUCAGUCUUUUGCUGUUCCAGGCAGUGAUGUUUGUGGCCACGGCAUUUGUAGAUCUGAAGCAUUUGCAAGAUGCUGGGUAUGCCACGAGGAAGAGCGCUCGCAGUGCGUUCUACACGCGAUUGAGGCUGCUGUAUUCCCUGGACUGCGAGGAGGACCGGAUUGUCAUUCUGCAAACUCUUCUCCUGAUGACAUACUGGACAGACCAUGUCAACCACCCUAACCGAGACAUAUGGGACUGGAUAGGGGUUUGCAAUACACAGGCCCAGUCUAUAGGAUUGAAUCGAGACCCUAGCCCAGCCUCUCAGAUGGAUGUGAGAACGAAACGGCUGAGAACCCGAAUUUGGUGGUGCAUGUUUGCUCGAGAUCGACUUAUUGCGAUGGGCCUACGACGUCCAACGCAAGUUAAUGAAGGAACCAGCAACAUACCCAUGCUGAAUCAUGACGACUUUGAUUUUGAACCUUUCCAUCCGUCUGUUAUCAAUUUAUUCCGUUGUCGCCAGCUCGAGGAUGUUUCGCAUCAGAAGCGCCUGGCAACCAUGUUCAUAGAGAAAACCAAACUGUGCCAGUGCAUUGGCCGGGUGCUCUUCGCCCAGUACUCAACCUCACAGUGCCUUUUCGGUAUGACCAACCGGACCACUAUCACUCUGAUUCCAAGACAGGCCUCUGAGUCCGAACUGGCCCGGUGCAGCCAACGACUCGAUUCGUGGCUCAACUCCCUUCCAAAGGAUGCACAAUACAUCCCGGCAUCCAAGAACAACUUCAAAGAUGGAGAGGAUGUAUUGCUUCUGCAUGGGGCUAUGGUUAGAAUGCUGUACCAUGCCACGAUCAGCGCUCUGCAUCGACCAUGGGCGCUCUUGUCCAACAAGGAUCAGACCCGGUCUCGCAUUCAGUUGGCCGACAGGGCGCGCUCAAAGAUGCAAGACGCCGCGAUUGGGAUCACACAUAUUAUCCAAGGACUCAAUCAGUUGAACCUUACGCGAUUCCUCCCUCAGUCGGGCGUGACGGUCAUCAUCCCGGCGGCCGUCGCACAUCUAGCAAACAUCAUGUCCGCUAACCCGGCAGUCCGCGAGGCAAGCCUCCACAACUUCCAGCGAUGUGUUCAAGUCCUCCAGGGCCUGAAAGACAUAUACCCUGCAGCGGACAUGGAAGUUGCGAACAUCGAGGCGGCUGUCAGACUGCAAGCAGAUAGUACAAGCACAUACUUGAAAAUAAUGCAAUACAGCCAUUCCAGCAAUACAAACAACCACCAGGCCGCCGAGUCACCGUCCCGAAAAUUCAGCCACGUCUCGACUGUACAAACCUUAUCUCCAACGGAAGACCCAUGGAGCUCUCCGCGGGACGAACGGGCCCAGUUCAACAGGCCACAGCACACCAACCGCGAGCGAUCACACUCGACAUCCCAAGAACAGAAUCCCAAUCGCAAGAAAUUCAGCACCGCAUCCACAACCACCAAUGGCUUUCUUUCUCCCGAAAAGGAACAGCCAGAGUCUACGCCUUCCAAUAGCAACAAUCUCAACGAUCACUUCAACUCCACUCUCCCCCCCUCCGGCUCACCUUACGAAGACACAAAUACCUUCCUCCGUACAGAUCUAUUCGACUUCGACAUCGAGCCCGACUUCUCCUUACCCAACAAUAACAAUAACAACAGCACACCAAACCACUCCCUCUUCGGACUCGACUGGGUGCAGAGCCUCCUGCGAGACCCGGACGAUAACCCCGAGCCCAACCCCGAACCCGAGCUGAAUUUCAACUACCCCAGCUCGCCAAUGGAAGAUCACACCCGGGACAUGUUCUCGUUCUCGGACAAGCAGGAAUCGCGCUCGCUUGGGCACAGUAAUACCGAUAUCACGGGCGAUCUGGACAAGGAUCUGGGACUUAACUCUGGGGAUGAAUUGUUUGGUUGA